GAACUCUGUCGUCCACAUUUCUCCCUCUACUUAAAUAUCGUUCUCUGAUCAUAAAUCCUUCGUUCAGUGUCAUUCAGGCACAUUUUACCAAUUAAUUGUCUGGUCCUCCCUUUCCUCCUUCUGGCCACAAUAUCCUCAAGUGACUUUCUCUACCUUCUUUCCCCACCCCCGCUGCGGACACCGCACGAUACCGCCAUCAUGCCUAUGCUUAAAGAUCCCUCGAAAAAAUACAAGCCCUUCAAGCCUCUGCAUCUCCCUAACCGCCAAUGGCCCGAUAAGGUCAUCGACAAGCCGCCCCGCUGGCUGGCUACUGAUCUGAGAGAUGGCAACCAGAGUCUGCCUGAUCCGAUGGAUGGUGAUCAGAAGUUCCGGUUCUUCAAAAUGCUCGUCGACAUCGGUUACAAGGAAAUCGAAGUAUCGUUCCCCUCGGCAUCGCAAACGGACUUUGAUUUCACUCGACGCCUGGUAGAGACACCUGGCGUCGUUCCCGACGAUGUCUGGCUCCAGGUCCUGUCUCCUUGCAGAGAAGAACUCAUCCGUCGCACUGUCGAUUCCCUCAAAGGCGCAAAGAAGGCUAUCCUCCACAUCUACCUGGCUACCAGCCCGUGUUUCCGCCGAAUAGUUUUCGGAACCACCCGCGAACAGAGUCUUGAGAUUGCCGUAAGAUGCACCAAGUACGCCCGCUCGAUAACCAAGGACGAUCCAGAGAUGGCUGGUACCCAGUGGCAGUUCGAGUUCUCUCCCGAAACCUUCUCCGACACCGAGCCUGAGUUCGCAGUCCAGAUUUGCGAGGCCGUCAAGGCUGCUUGGGGCCCUACCGAAGAAAGCCCCAUAAUCUUCAAUCUGCCAGCAACAGUGGAGAUGGCAACGCCAAACAUAUUCGCAGACCAGGUUGAGUAUUUCUGCCGCAACAUGACGGAGAGGGAGAAGUUUGUCGUCUCUGUCCAUCCCCACAACGACCGUGGCUGUGCCGUUGCAGCCGCCGAGCUGGCUCAGAUGGCUGGUGCUCAGCGUGUCGAAGGUACUCUUUUCGGAAAUGGUGAGAGAACUGGUAACGUCGAUCUGGUCACUCUUGCCCUCAAUCUCUACACACAGGGUGUUAGCCCUCAAGUUGACUUCUCGGAUAUCAACUCGGUUAUCAAGGUGGUGGAAGAGAGCAACAAGAUUCCUGUGAAUGAAAGAUGGCCCUACGGUGGUCAGCUGGUUGUCUGCGCGUUCAGUGGCAGUCACCAAGACGCUAUCAAGAAGGGGUUCAAGCUGCGUGAAAGCGCCAACGCCACCGACGACGACGAGUGGGUCAUUCCGUAUCUCCCUCUGGAUCCUCAGGACAUCGGACGGAACUACGAGGCUGUCAUCCGUGUCAACUCCCAGAGCGGCAAGGGUGGUGCCGCCUGGGUCAUCCUGCGCAGUCUGGAGCUGGAUCUCCCGCGCGCUCUGCAGGUAGAAUUCAGCAAGGUCGUUCAGAAGAAGACCGAAGCCGUCAACCGGGAGCUGCGGCCCAAGGAAAUCGUCGACCUCUUCGAGGAAGCGUACCACCUCAAGUCGAACCCUCGCUUCAACUUGCCGGGCAAGGCCCUCAACACCAAGAACCUCAAGCGUCGCUUCACCGGUAUCAUCGAGAUCGACAACAUCCAACACGCUAUCACUGGCGUUGGCCCUGGUGCCAUCUCAUCUCUGGCAAAUGCUCUGUCGACUCUUGGUAUCGACCUCGAUGUCGUCGACUACAAGGAGCACUCGAUCGGUCUCGGUAGAGACGUGAAGGCCGCCACAUACCUCCAGUGCACUGCGGCCGGAAGCAAAGAGCAAGUCUGGGGUGUUGGUAUCCACCAGGACGUGGUACAAGCCAGUUUGAUCGCCCUCCUCAGCGCAGCCUCCUCGUUCCUGACAAGCCGUGCCGGCUCCCCCGCUCCAUUCCGCCCUCAGCGCUCCAACACCCUCACAGACGAGGAUCUGCAAGCCCUCGAGCAUCUCGGCAGCUCCAACGUCGCGGCCAUCACAGCCGCGAAGGUCACAACCAACGGCAGUGCCAAGUCCAAAGUUGAUCUGGACGCGCUGACCGCCCAGGCGAACAGCCAGUAAUCUCCUGUGUGUUCUACGUAUCUUCGAAGCUUUUUUUCCGUCUCGAUAUAUGGUUCCCACAUUCCAAAAAAGGUGGCGAGUAGCGAAGGAAAAAACUUAGAGGCUAAAAGCAAGGCUAUUUACAGUAUAAUUCAAUUGUACAGAUUGAACAUAGUCUCUCUGAUUCGGUUUUGGUGUUGGUGAACCAGUCUUAUGAUACUGUAAGGAUGCACUCUGUAUAUCAAGUACUACAAAUCUCAGCCUUCCGUGGAG